GCAAAAUUCCAAUUGUAGUUAGUCAUAACCUUACAGAUUAUACCUAUAAACGACAAAUUAUAUAUCCAUUGUUAAAUUCCACCUAUGAAUUUUAUUCUAAGAAUUGUGUGGACAAAGGGUGCUGUUUCUUUGGCCUUAUGCAUGCAGGAGUAAGGGCGCAGAUGGAUAAUGUAGUAUCGCUCGGAGCACAUCUCAAG